AUUGGCCAAUCGUAUCAUUUCGGUCUUCAUCGCCGCCAAGCUCGUUUUGCUAGAAUAGCCGAUUUAAUUGAAAGUAUUGUUUUCAACUUCAUUAAUCAUCUAGUACAGUGUCCAUGAUACAUCCAGUAUGUAUAACACAUCUCAGUUUAUUCGACAAUGACUUUGAACCGCAGACAUACGGAGGAUUCAUAACUUACUGUUUAUUUGUUUACAACUUCGGAACAGGGUUCCGAUAUUUCAAUGGACGCCAUUUUGUCAUUGGGAUUUUAAAGAAGUUGAUAACUUCGGGAAAACUAGCCACGGACACAUCGAUCCACUGCGGCUGCUGAGGUAGCGGUGGAACAUUCUUCCGAGUCAGCUUGAUAUUUUGGACACUUUACGAUGUCAAACUCCAACACGACCCUCGCAAGUUUGUGGGUCGACGAUGUACAAGUCAGUCCAAUGAAAGUCAUGCCAGGAACCCCGGGAAAAGCUACAGGGAACGGGGCAGAAAUUCGACAAGAUAUUGUUCGCUUCUACAAAGACAGUGGAUUGGAACCAGUUGCAAAAGAGGUGGGGCUACUUGAUGCCAAUGGUGAUAUUGCUGGUUUUCAAACUCAAACUAUCCAAACAGGAGGGAAAGUGCAAAUAGUUGCUGUUCCAAUAUCCUCUGCAUCUCCAGCAAAGAUGUCUCCAUUCAAAGAACAUGCCAUCCUUCCAAAACAGAAUACAACCCAAAUAAUUCACGCCGUGGCUAGCCCGAGACAGCCCAUGAUACCGAUAGACGUGUCUUGGAGAGGUGGGGCUCAGAAGAGGUCCUCAGAAUUCACGAUAGAACCUGAUGAUGGUUUUGGAAAACGGGGCAAGAAAGGAGAAAAGGGUGGAAAGGGGUUACGACAUUUUUCUAUGAAAGUGUGUGAAAAAGUUCAAAGAAAGGGUGUUACAUCUUAUAAUGAAGUGGCAGACGAACUAGUUACCGAAUUUAGUGAUCCUCGAAAUUUGACCUCACCAUCAGAUCAGGCUUAUGACCAGAAGAACAUCAGGAGGCGUGUUUAUGAUGCUCUGAAUGUGCUGAUGGCCAUGAACAUAAUAUCAAAAGAAAAGAAAGAAAUCAAAUGGAUUGGACUACCCACUAACUCAGCUCAAGAGUGCCAAAAUUUAGAGAUUGAAAAACAAAAGAGACUUGAGAGAAUCAGACACAAAACCCAACAGCUUCAAGAACUAAUUUUGCAGCAAAUAGCUUUCAAGAAUCUGGUGCAGAGAAACAGGGAACUGGAGAAAACGCAGGGGCCCCCACCACAGAAUUCAGCCAUACAGCUGCCAUUUAUCAUAGUCAACACGAGCAAAAAGACGGUUAUAGACUGCUCCAUAUCAAACGACAAAUAUGAAUACUUAUUUAACUUUGACAACACCUUUGAAAUCCAUGAUGAUAUUGAGGUGUUGAAGAGGAUGGGAAUGGCACUUGGCUUGGAGAAAGGCCAUUGUACCACUCAAGAUGUGAACAAAGCUAUUAAGAUGGUCCCAAAGGCUUUAGAACCAUAUGUGAUAGAUUUAGCCAAUGGUGGAAUGACUCACUCCGGUCCCAGCGGUAUCCGACCUAUGUCUGCCGAGGAAGGCUCCUCCAGAUACAAAGUACCAGUCCAACCCUCCGUCCAAUCCUCAGGCAGUAAUAGCAACGAUAACAUGGACAUUGAAGUGGCAAACAUAUAUUCACAAGACUCGAAUUUAGGCUCUCAUUCAGACAUGCACUCUAGGGCAACAGAGACGCCCUCCGAGGACUUCUCUGACGAUAGUGAUACAGACAGGUCAAGUCCUGUAGAUAUGAGUUAAUAACCCAGUGGUCAUGCGUAGAAGAAAAGCUGCGAGAGCUAGCGACUCCAUAGAAAUUGUUUUGUACUCAGAAAGAAAGUGACAAGGUUCCUUUUCAGCUUCACAAGAGAUAACUGUGAGAGUCGGAAUUCAUGGAAACCUUGAUGGCAAGGAGUUUGGGAAUGGAGGCAAACUAAGUCUACCAGCAUUGGACGUAAAUGUGGAGAGGAAAAGGCAGCAAAAAGACUACCUAGUAGCAUCGUCUUCAAACGUUCACUGGCACCGAUAUACGUCGUCGUUCCAGCUUCUCAUCAUUAUAUACUUGUGCUUACUUCUCUUGAAAUUUAUUUAACUUUCUAAGCAGUUGCUAAAUUCAUGUGUUAUGAGUUCAUUUCUGUUCUCCCAUAAAUCAUGUUUUUAACGGUGUACAUUAUGAAAGUUGUGUGUGAAAUUUGUAUACAUCAUAGCAUAGCCUCUUGAUUGGAAAUCCCAGAUGUUAGAUAUUAAGCCUAAUGUGUUCUGUAUACCAUGUAUUAGCUGCAAUAAUGUAGCCCUAUCCAAUUUUUUUUUAUUCUGACGUUUUCGGGAUAGGGCUACAAUUCCAUAGGAUCUCCGUAAUGGUGCAAAAUAAUUUUAUGAAUAACCGACAAUAAACUCUGUGUAUUAGUCCCAAAUGUUGUUUACACCAAAAGGAGUACCAACUUUGUGCUCGGGCAUGCCUAAUAAAGGUGUUUUUCAUUAAAUAUAAUGUACAGCAUGCAAAAUUCUUCGUCUGCUCCGCCAUGCUUGUUAUCGCGAGAUCUCGUAGGUGGAUCUAAUGAAAAGCCCAAACAUUGACAAUCAGCGCGAAAAUGUAGUUACUCGAGCCACUUCGACAAAGAAAGGAAAAUCAUAUUGUUGCAGAAAGAAUUUACACUCUGCUGUUCGGUUUUUAACUUGAUAUUAAAUUCAAACCUUUUCAAUACCGACGAAAUAGCUUUCGCCUCCAUACUUGUCCAUUGAUGUAAAUACUACCUUAUAUGGCAUAUGCAAAUGACUUGACAACCGGAAGUUGAAACUUCAGUACAUCAAACAUGGCGCACAAAUAUGAAUCAAGAAAUUGGAAUUUAUCGAAAUUGUUGAAAACGGUAGAAUAGAGCCUCACAAAUCUAAAGUUGCAGGUUGUAAAUUUAUAUAUUGACUAAGAAACAUAGAAUAUCAUUUUAUUUACGUAAAGAAAGUCAGGAAAUGUUUAGAAUGAGCGCAAAUGUUGCGGGAGUGAAUCACUCCCGCAUUUGCACCAUUACGGAGAUCUUAAGGAGUUGUAGCCCUCUCCCUAAAAAAAAAAAAAAAAAAAAAAAUCAGAGAGGGCUACAUUAUUGCAGCUAACCAUGUAUAUAUAUUAAGGUCAGGUCACUUGAUUUGGGAGGUCGCACGGAAUAUUUCAGUUGCAAAUUUUGGUCUUUGUGAGAAGACUGGCUGAGAGACAGGGAUAAUCGUAAUGUGGUAAACAAACUGUGAUACAUAUGAGGUUUUGAAUGUUUGGGAGACAAGGUUGUUCAUUGAAACAUUGUUACAUGUGUUGAGUCAGAUUUUAAAAAUGUUUAGAAAACACAUUUUAAAAUAUAUUCAUCAUAAAUAAGGGUGUGUUGAAAUCUCUGAUUGGUGGACUUGAAGUGAUAUAGUGUGUUUUGAAAUGGAAAUCCUCAUUUUGCUUACAUCUAAAUGCAUCACCAUUUUUAACAGAUUGCUAAUUACUGUACCACGGUAGAGAAAGUGCCAUUCUACAGUAUACCAAAACAUGAACCAUAGUAGAUUGGCAAGAUCUACUUGAAGGCUUUAUGUGCAGUCUAUUGUGUUCUCUGGAAAAAAAGAGAGGGGUAGAAUAUAGAUGCAUUACAUUUCAGCAGAAAUAUAAAACUGCCAGACUAUACACAAUCACAGAGUUCCCUUACUGUGUGAACAACAAAAUGUGUACGGUUUUUAAAUGUGACGAAAGUGUUCCCAGGAAAGUGUUCGACUCGAGAUAUCAUAUUAUUCACAGGAUUGUCAUAUCAUCAGAUUAUAAGUUAUUUAUGUUGUGUGCUCAUUAGUCCUCUUAUAAUCAUUUUUAAGUGUCUGCAUGAUUUUCUGUUUUGUACAUGCGUACUGUAUAUAGUGAGGUGGCAUCGUAGAUCUACCAGUAGUGUUUGUACAUAGAUCUGUUACUCUACAUGUACUUCCAGGUAUCAAUAGUGCUGUGGUAUGAUUUUUAAAAUUGUUUAAUCACUUUAGUUUGAUAAAUGAGCAGUGGUUUGAUGGCAAGAUUGUUUUUUUGGUUUUUUUUUUGGUUUUUUUUUUUGGGAGUAUAGGUAGAUAUUUUAGGUUUAUAAUAGAAACCGAUUUUCCCAAUAGUUUUCUCUAUCUGGUCUCUCUACUCUAGAUUAGAAGAAAUUUUCAGUCUGCAACACAUUACCCAUCAAUUAAUUCUGCUUCCAAUUUAAAUGCAUGUACUUUGCAAGAACAAGCAUGGAUGUUAGAAAUAUUAGUUUCAGUUCAUGUCUUUUUUUUUUCUUUUUUUUUUAGUCUUUUUUUCCCCUCAUUGUUAUUAAUAGUGCAUGUAUUAUAAUUAUGUAUUUAAUGCUAGAAUUAGCAAUGGCACACUUUAUCAAAAUUAACCUAUCUAUCUUGAUAAAAUCUGUGAUCAGGUACAUAUAUAUAUGUGUACUUUUUUUUUAUCGUCGGGUUAAUACAAAGUUCAUGUAUUUGUUGUUACAUUUUUAACUUAAAUGGAAAAAAUAUAGACAUCCAGUUGAGGUCGCUUGUAUUUUCCCGCAUUUUAAUGGAAUGCACACAUAUUUUUUUUUCUUCUUCAUGUGAAAAUUCAAAUGUGGUGGAUCUUUCAUAUACACAAGCAAUGUAAAAUGAACACAUUCCCACAACACAGAAGGAAAUAUUGCUUUACUUCGUAUAUGAGAAUAUAUAUUUUCCCUGAAAAUAUGAGAGCAUGUUUUGUCAGUAAAUUUGCACACUAUUAACAUUUUCAUUCGUAAUUUUUUAAGGCAGCUAAGGAGAAGGAUAACAUUUUUUACUUGUUUUUCCACUACAGUAUGUCGGAGAGCUCUGGAAGGAGCAUUUUAAGAGUAAUAUCUUGUGUACUGGUGGUGAAUAUUUGGAGUAUCUAUGCACCAUUUCAUUUGUAGUCUAAAACAAAUUGUCCAGUGUCAAAGAAUUUCACCUUUAAAACUUCAGAAUAAAUGAAUGAAAGUAG